AAAACAUUUCCCCGACCUUCACCUUCCAAGUCAAUCAAAUUUCGCAAAAUGGCCUCACGGGCGCCUUCCUUCGCCUCCAAAGUCCUGCGCCAGCUGACAAAGCAACCGCAGCGCUCCUUGCCAUUCCUGCGCGCUUCUUUUAUUCGUCCUGCCACUACAAACCUCCAGUCUUUCCGCGCAGCGCAUAACAUUCCACGACCACCUACCCAAACAUACGCCAAACCGAAACCUGAGCAGGCGCAAACUGGCGAGACGCCAAAAAGCGAAGGAGAAAGGCCCGAGAUCAAGGCGUCACACUACCAGUUAUCAUUUACGUGCAUUCCAUGUGGCCAUCGCUCUCACCACAAUGUCUCUAAGCAGGGCUACCAUUAUGGCUCUACGCUCAUCACAUGUCCUGAGUGCAGGAACAGACACGUCAUCAGCGACCACUUGAACAUCUUUGGCGACAGAAAAGUCACCAUCGAAGACCUUAUGAGGGAAAAGGGUCGUCUUGUUAAGAGGGGAAGUUUAGGCGAAGACGGCGAUAUUGAGUUUUGGCCAGAGGAAUCUCUUCCAGGAGACAUUCAAGCUGGUAAUAACGAGAGCUCAUGAUAGCAUGCGACUAGUGGGAUGUAACAAUAGAGUGAAAAAUGUGAGGUUUGUCAAAUGCCUAGGUUGGGCAAAAGCAUUGGGUGGCGUUGAUGGGAUACCCUCCACUGAGGGCCCGGGACUGAAAACAUAGACCUGGAAUUAAAACAAGCUUAUUCUCCUCUAUCUUAAGCUUUGCGUAUUCUUGAAUGAUAAUAUUGUACUCUUAUACAUCAGGG